AUGAACAUUCAGUCGCCGAUAUCCAUGGCCGGAGCUGGGCCUGCUGGAACUGGCAAGAUCCGGGUCAAGUUCCUAGUGGACAACGAGAAGAAAAAGGUGGUGUUUGCAGAGUCCGGGAAGGAGUUCGUGGACGUGCUCCUCAGCUUCCUCACUCUGCCUCUGGGCACCAUUGUUCGGCUGCUGGGCAAGGAGUCAUCUCUAGGCUGCUUCGAUGAGUUGUAUAAGAGCGUGGAGAGCCUUGACGCGAGCCAUUUCCAGACCAAGGCGUGCAAGAACAUGCUGCUCAGGCCCCUCAGCGCUGCCGGGAAGUUGUGCGAGGAUCUUGUUGUCAGGAUUGACGACACGAACCACAGGGCAAUUAGGGUUUGCAGGCAGCCUAAGUGCGUCACUGAUACGCUUUACUAUAGUUCAGUUCGAGAUGUGCCGUGCGGGCAGUGUGGGGAAUCCUUGGUCCUUUGGUCGAGUUGGACCAAGGGAGACAGGGAAGCCAAAGAUGAUGGGGUUUUUGUAAGAGGUGGGAUGAGCUAUGGCAUUACAGAUGAUCUGCAAGUUGUGCCUGCUGAUACGGACAAUCUCAUGUUGCUCUUACGUGACUUGGGAGUUGAGGACGUAGACAUCCUUGAAGAGAAGACAUUGGAACUUGGCUUGGAGGAGGUUAGUACUAAUUGA